AUGGCAGCAGGAGCCUCCACAACCUUGGAGGGUUCAGGAAUGUCUACACUGGUGGAGGCUAUGGAGGAGAAGGAAGGAGGUUCAGGCAGGGAGGUGCUCAGAGGAGGCCUUGGAGUAGGGGAGCAAGGGGCUGGACAGGGAUUGGGACAGCCUGGAGUUCUCCGAGGCAUUGAGGAGGUCCAUGUCAACACCACCCUGCUGCGGCCAAUACAGCUCCAGGUGGACCCCGAGUUCCAGCGAGCGUGCUCAGACGAGAAGGAGCAGAUCAAAGCUCUCAACAACAAAUUUGCAUCAUUCAUUGAGAAGGUUCAAUGUCUGGAGCGCCAGAAUCAGGCACUCUUGGCCAAGUGGGAACUUCUGCAGCAGCAAAGCUCUGGCCCCCAGGAGAGCAGGAACAUCAACAACUUCUUCCAGUCCUAUGUCACCAACCUGCAGCGGCAGCUCGAGACGCUCCAGAGCCAGAAGGAGCAGCUGGAUCCUGAAGCCUACAACAUGCUCCAGCUUGUUGAGGAUUAUAAAAACAGAUUCGAGGAUGAGAUCAACAAACGCACUGCCAAGGAGGAGGAGUUUGUGGAGCUUAAAAAGGAACUGGAUAAUGCCUACAUGGGAAAAAUGGAGUUUGAUGUCCGAGUGGAUAUCCUGAGGCAGCAGCUGGAGUUCCUCCGGUGUUUAUAUGAAGCUGAGCUGUCCCAGCUGCAAACGGUUGUUGGGAACACUGACGUUGUUUUGUCCAUGGACAACCACAGGGACCUGAACAUGGAUGGAAUCAUCGAGGAGGUCAGGCAGGAAUAUGAGGGGCUGGCCCAUAGGAGCACAGCUGAAGUGGACGCCAUGUACCGGGGCAGGUACCAGGACCUGCAGAACAUGUGGGUGAAUCAACGAGAGCAGCUGAGGAACAGCCACCAGGAAAUCCAGGAGCUUGCCAGGCAGAUCCAAAGACUCCAACCAGAAAUCGAAAUCGCAAGGAAAAGGAAUUCCAGCCUCCAGGACUCCAUCAAAGAUGCUGAGCACCGUGGGAGCUCGGCUGUCAGGGAUGGCCAGGAAAAGCUCCAGGAGCUGGAAAACGCUCUCCAACAGGCCAAGGAAGACCUUUCUCAGCUUGUCCACGAUUACCAGGAGCUCCUGAACACAAAGCUGGGCCUGGACGUUGAGAUCGCCAUGUAUCGAUCACUCCUUGAGGAGGAGGAGAACAGGUGGGGGCAAAAUCCCCCCUGGGGGGAAAAGGUGGAAGCUCUGGAGGGUGGGGGUCCAGCUCUGGUGGAGGUGGGUCCAUCUCUGGAGGAGGAAAAGGCUCAGGAUAUGGAGGAGGAGGAAGCUCAGGAGGAGGAGGCUCCAUGUCCAAGGGUGGCAGCAGCUCUGGAGGGUGGGGAUCCAGCUCUGGUGGAGGUGGGUCCAUUUCUGGAGGAGGAAAAGGCUCAGGAUAUGGAGGAGGAGGAAGCUCUGGAAGUGGAGGGUCCAUCUGUGGAGGAGGAAGCUCAGGUGGAGGAGGCUCCAUGUCCAAGGGCAGCAGCAGCUCUGGUGGAGGAGGCUCCAUCUGUGGAGGAGGAGGGAGCUCAGGUGGAGGAGGCUCCAUGUCCAAGGGCAGCAGCAGCUCUGGUGGAGGAGGCUCCAUGUCCAAGGGUGGCAGCAGCUCUGGUGGAGGAGGAUCCAUCUGUGGAGGAGGAGGAAGCUCAGGUGGAGGAGGCUCCAUGUCCAAGGGCAGCAGCAGCUCUGGAAGUGGAGGGUCCAUCUGUGGAGGAGGAAGCUCAGGUGGAGGAGGCUCCAUGUCCAAGGGUGGCAGCAGCUCUGGAGGGUGGGGGUCUAGCUCUGGUGGAGGUGGGUCAAGUUGUGGAGGAGGGAAGGGUUCAGGAUAUGGAGGAGGCGGAAGCUCUGGCAGUGGAGGCUCCAUGUCAAAAGGCAGCAGCAGCUCUGGUGGUGGUGGAGGAUCCAUGUCUGGAGGAGGGAAAGGUUCAGGUUCUGGUGGGGGAUCCAGUUCAGGUAGUGGAGGCUCCAUGUCCAAGGGUGGCAGCAGCUCUGGAGGGUGGGGUUCCAGCUCUGGUGGAGGUGGGUCAAAUUGUGGAGGAGGAAAAGGAUCAGGAUAUGGAGGAGGAGGAAGCUCAGGUGGAGGAGGCUCCAUGUCCAAGGGAAGCAGCAGCUCUGGUGGAGGAGGCUCCAUCUGUGGAGGAGGAGGAAGCUCAGGUGGAGGAGGCUCCAUGUCCAAGGGCAGCAGCAGCUCUGGAAGUGGAGGGUCCAUCUGUGGAGGAGGAAGCUCAGGUGGAGGAGGCUCCAUGUCCAAGGGCAGCAGCAGCUCUGGUGGAGGAGGUUCCAUCUGUGGAGGAGGAAGCUCAGGUGGAGGAGGCUCCAUGUCCAAGGGUGGCAGCAGCUCUGGAGGGUGGGGGUCUAGCUCUGGUGGAGGUGGGUCAAGUUGUGGAGGAGGGAAGGGUUCAGGAUAUGGGGGAGGCGGAAGUUCUGGCAGUGGAGGCUCCAUGUCAAAAGGCAGCAGCAGCUCUGGUGGUGGUGGUGGAGGAUCCAUGUCUGGAGGAGGGAAAGGUUCAAGUUCUGGUGGGGGAUCCAGUUCAGGUAGUGGAGGCUCCAUGUCCAAGGGUGGCAGCAGCUCUGGAGGGUGGGGGUCCAGCUCUGGUGGAGGUGGGUCAAGUUCUGGAGGAGGGAAGGGUUCAGGAUAUGGGGGAGGUAGUUCAAGCAGUGGAGGCUCCAUGUCUGGAGGUGGCCAGAGCUCUGGAGGAUGGGGCUCCAGCUCUGGGAGAUGCAGCCCCCAAAGUGGGGGCAUGA